ACCCUCGUUCUCUCCCCUCCCCUCUCACUUCGCAAUUCGCCCUCUCUUCUCCUCCUCCUCCUCCUCCUCGACAUCGCCAUAGCUCUCGCCGAUACAAGGUGUAAUAGCAAUGGCUUUUCGUCAAGCUGUCAAAAGACCAAUAAAGUUCUUUGUCAAGGAACUGAAUGCUCAUAAGCAGCCCAGAAAUUGUUUCUCCUCUUUGGGUGACAGAGCUGAUCAAUUUUCCGACACUAGAUGGGUUGGAAAUCCGAAUGCUGCGAGUUCUUAUUUUGCAAGAAGAUUCAAUUCCACGGUGUCAGCUUCUGAUCAGAUGAAUCUUAUUAGACAGCUAAGGGAAAGAACAAGUGCUCCCAUAAAAGACGUCAAGUCUGCCCUUGUUGGUUGCAAUUGGGAUAUUGAGGCUGCAUUGAAGGACUUGAGAAAGAAAGGGGUUGUCCUUGCCGCAAAAAAGUCAUCAAGAACAGCUGCUGAGGGUUUGCUUGCGGUGGCACAGAAUGAUAAUAGAGCUGUUGUCAUUGAACUUAACUGCGAGACUGAUUUUGUCGCGAGGAAUGAUGUUUUUCAAUAUCUGGCGUCAUCUUUGGCAAGGAUGGCUUUGACGGCUGAAGGAUCUGCUGGGCAAAUUCAACCAGCUUUUCCUUUUGGCCCUGAAUACUUGGAGAACAUGAAUAUCAAUCUAGAUCAUCCAAAACUUAGUGGUGAAACAACUGUGCAAGGAGCUGUUACAGAAGUUGCUGCCAUGGUUGGGGAAAAUGUCAAACUCAGAAGAGGAUAUUUGUUAUCAACAACUUCACACGGUGUUGUCUCGUCUUACCUUCAUACUUGUCCUCAGCCAGGUUUGGGUCGUAUUGCUGGGUUGCUUACUUUGGAGGUAGAAGAUACUAAUGCCUCGCUUGACGCUCUCAAGCGUGUCGGCUCCUCGCUAGCAAUGCACAUAGUGGCUUCAAAGCCGCUGUUCAUAUCGAAGGAACUUGUUCCUGAUGAAGCAAUACAGAGUGAACGAGACGUACUCAAAUCUCAGGCAGAAAGCUCAGGUAAGCCUCAGAUGGCAAUAGAAAAGAUGGUGGAAGGUCGUUUAAGGAAGUAUUUUGAGGAAGUUGUGCUGUUGGAGCAAAAGUUUGUUAUGAAUGAUAGCGUCAAUGUCAAGUCGGUGCUAAGUGAUUUAUCUAAAGAAGUUGGAUCUACUGUAAAGAUCGGCAACUUCAUCAGAAUGGAAAUUGGAGAAGGGAUUCAGAGGGAAAUCGCCGAGGCACCUGAAACAGCGGCUAAUGCCACAUGAGUUCCAGCAAGAAUAUAAUGUAAGUUAACAUUUUCAUCCGACGAGACUAAUCCCCCUUUAUCAGCAAAUUUAGUUAUUUUUGCGAUCGUGUAGAAUCUGUAUAAACCUUUGGUAGCAGUAUCGACAACCACUACAAACUAUAGGCCAUUUUGAGACAGCUCCUUCAACUUCAAAUUUUUGAUUGACACCCCACUUAGCCCCUGGUUGAUUUAUGUUGAGACCCCCUCAAAUAUAGGCCAUUCCGAAAUAGGCCCUAAAAUUUUAUUUUUUUUAACCCUUGGUUGAUUUAUGUUGCGUUUUACUUCGACAACUUGAUUGGUAGUAAAGCGAAGGAGGUUAAUUUUGUAAUCCUCUACGAAAUAUAAUAAUUAUUGGUUAAUUUUUGCAGCAACUAUUUAUACUUUGUGAUAUUGUGAUGGUGAUUUAGAUUUGGUCUUAAGCUGAAGUACCUACAAAUUAUGUUGUUUUCAUGAACACGUAGCUGUAACUUCUUUUUGGGACCUUGUUGCAGCUUCUGUGAAAAGUGCUUAUGCUAUUUUAUUCGAAUCAUUUGAAGAA